AUGCCAAAGCAGUUUGAAAUGAAUAUUAAUUAUCGUUCUCACAAUGGGAUCCUUAGACUUGCUUCAUCAGUAAUUGAUCUCAUCUCUCACUUUUUUCCUGAGUCAAUUGACAAGCUGCCACGUGAGCAUGGUGAAGUUGGUGGUCCUCGACCAAUUGUUUUUGAAGGGUUUGAUUCUAAAGCAUUCUUUUUCCAUGAGGAUGAGAAUGAGUCAAGUAAUAUUGAAUUUGGUGCUAGUCAGGUCAUUAUUGUACGUGAUGACAAAACUAAAGAGCAUUUGAAGGAAAAAAUUGGUGAAGAAUUUGGAUUGAUAUUGACUGUGUUUGAGUCCAAGGGCAUGGAGUUUAAUGAUGUGUUCUUGUAUAAUUUUUUUGCUGAUUCAUUUGCACAUUCAAAUGAGAAAACUUCACCUACUGAAACCAAUGUGCCGAAGGUUUUAGUUGAUUCAGAAGGUUAUUCCAUUCCGCCAUCUUCCGAUAAACCAUGGGAAACCUUUUCAUCAACCGACGGAAAUGAUUCGGAUGCACGAUCGGAAGACGCUUCAAGUUCACUCUCAGCUCAAGAAAAAAUGCGUGUAGAAAUUAAACAAUCUACUAUAACAGAAGAAAAUGAAGCAGAUGCUGCCGCUCUCUCUUCGGUCGUCACAGCACUUAAAUUGAGGCAUAAUCUAACAACACGUGGUAAAAGAGAUCAAUGGAGAAUGACUAAUUCACAAAGCAGCGAUAAUAUUUAUGGCAAUUAUAUUUCACCACAACGUACUAAUUCAGUACCUAUUAAUGAAUCAAAUGGCUCAACACGACCCCUAUCCGAAUUCUCCUCAAAUAAUGUAAGCCAUACAAAAUUUGUCACAGAACCAGAAAUUAAAAAAUAUGCACAUCAUGACAAAUCUGGCAUACCAAGCGAUUCUAGUAUAACGUAUCCAGAUUAUGAAUACACAAAAUUGCUUUCUUAUUCUUUAUAUUUUUAUGAAGCUCAGAGAAGUGAUUCUGCGUUGACUGAUGGUCAGGAUGUUAAACUUGAUCUCACUGGAGGAUAUUAUGACGCUGGGGACUAUUUGAAAUUCACUUUACCAUUAUCCUGGACAAUUACAUCUUUAUCAUGGGGCGCAUAUGAAUGGUUUGAUGGAUAUCAACUUGCAAACCAAACUCAAUACCUUCAAGAUAUGAUUAGAUGGGGAACAGAUUGGCUAAUAAAAUCUCAUCCUGACAAUAACACUUUAUACAUUCAAAUUGGAUUGGGUGAUGUAGACAAUAAUUACUGGGGACCUGAUACAAAUAUUCCUUUACCGCGUCCAUCAUUUAAUGUAAAUUCUUCUGCUCAUGGAACAGAUGUUGUUGCCGAAACUGCAGCUGCGAUGGCAUCUGCCUCUAUGUUAUUCCGAGAAAAACUAAACGAUACUACUUAUGCUGAUAUUUUAUUAUCACAUGCAAAGUCUUUAUAUGACUUUGCAGUAACAGCCCCAUUAGUCAAAUAUCAAGAUUCCGUUAGUGAGGCUAAGGACUUUUAUUCAUCUUCGGGAUUUGGUGAUGAAUUAGUUUGGGCUUCACUUUGGUUAUAUCGAGCAACAAAGACUCAAGAUUAUAUGAAUAAUGCUAUAAAUUAUUUUGAUACCUAUUCCUUAGGUGGUUUAAAUAAGGUUAUUAAUUGGGAUGAUAAAACUGGUGCCUGUUAUGUGUUAUUAGCUAAAUUAACCCAAGAAUCCAACCAAGAUAGCAGUAGAUGGACAAAAGAAUCAGAAAGAUAUUUAGAUGGUGUUGCAAGUGCAUCAAAUGGAUGUAAAUUUACAAAAGGUGGAUUAUACUUUUGUGAUGGUGACAGCGAUGCAGCAUCUUUAAAUCCUGCUCUCAACGCAGCUUUUGUGUCUUUAUUGUAUUCACCUUUAGCCACUUCCACUUCUAAAUCUAAUAAAUAUAAUGAUUUUGCCAAUUCGCAAAUUAAUUAUUUGUUGGGUAAAAAUCCCUCAAAAAUACCUUAUGUCAUUGGUGUCCACCCCAAUUCACCUCAAAAUCCUCAUCAUGCUGGUGCGCAUGGCGGCAGUAACAUAGGAAAUUUGAAUGAUCCUCCUGUGACUCAACAUAUUUUAUACGGUUGUAUUGCUGCAUUGGAUUAUAAUGCACCAUUUCAAAGUUUAAUGGCUUAUCAAGUAAUUAAUUCAAAAGAAGAUCCAUAUUAUGUUACUUUACCACCUGGCAGAGGAGUGGUUAAAGAAACAUCAAUGACACGUGCCAAAGUAUAA